AUGAGCUGGCUGCAGUUCGCCCAGUCAUUGGACUUGAGCAGUGAGCGGGACAUUGGCAUUUUGUUGCAGGCACUCCCAUGCCAGGGAUUAUUUUCGGACAUCGCGGCGAAAUGGACGUCGGACGCAGAGAAGAAGGGCAAGAGAGCACCGCGGGGCAAAGUAAGUAGUGCAGCGGUUAAUGCGGCACCGCUGGAGGAGGAACUGGCUGCAGUGGAAACGUCUGCAAGUGCCGUCUCUACCCUCAGUUCCAGCGUUUCCACCGCUCCAACUGCCCCAACCAUUCCGGAAACACUGGAGUUUGGCACCACGGCACGCCGAGCCCGCGGGGUCUACAUGCAGGUAGGUUGGGCGUCUCGUCCUUUCGUGACUACUUGGUCGCCAGAGGCUCUGGGCAUAUUGCCUUUGAAACGAAGUAAUGCAAUCCUCGGUAAAGGAGGUUCAUUUCGGACGGUCGCACGGUACAGCGAGAUUUACCCCGGGGAUAAGACUACCCAUUUAACUCGUAUCUCUCGUGCAGCAAAGUGCAACCCCAAUGAGAUGGUCUUUUACGACAACGAAAGAAGAAACAUCGACAGCGCAGAAGCCCUCCAGGUCCUCGCCGUCUACACGCCAAGAGGUCUUACUUGGAACAACUUCCUUGAAGGCCUCUUCAGGUACAACGGCCACUCCUAA